AGGAAGCUCACACACCUCUCCUGAUUCAGCGGAACAGAUUUAUUCGUCACCUCUCUCUGCAGACUCACGCAGCGAGCCUUCUGCAUAACAACACAAUCCCAACACAACCCAGCGGCACCUGCUCCGUCCGCCAACCUGCCGUCUGUCUGCGUAGAUUAACAGCUCUUACAACUCUGACUGCGUGCUCGCUGGCAUUCACUGCAGCUGAGAGACGGAGGGGGGGAAAACGUGACAGACUGAAACCCACCAAAAAGGAGACGAGCAGCGAAUGUAAAUGAUGGAGAAGCUAAAAAGCCAGCACCGCAGUGAGGAUGGGCCAAUGGAUAACCCACUGGACAAAUAGACAACCACAGAGGAGGGAAUAAGGAGCUCUCUUUCUGCAUCUCUACCUUAGGACCUCCUGCAGGGAGAUGUUCAUCAUUAUGGGAUAGAUGCACAGGUCUGCUUAUUGCCAUGGAUACCAGCACGCGAAAAUUCACAGUGCGAAGAUGGUUUUCAAUCUAUUUGAAGAACAAGGCAGCAAGAAACAAAAACACCACAGGCUUCUGUCAACUAGAGGAUGACAGUAUACUGAAGGAGAUCGACAUCAGCCACCAUGUAAAAGAGGGCUGUGAGAAAGCUGACCCCUCUCAGUUCCAGCUCCUUAAAGUGCUGGGACAAGGCUCCUAUGGAAAGGUGUUUCUGGUGAGGAAGAUAAGGGGAGUGGACAGAGGACAGCUGUACGCCAUGAAGGUCCUGAAAAAAGCCACACUGAAAGUUCGGGAUCGUGUGCGGUCAAAGAUGGAGAGAGACAUUCUGGCGGAAGUAAAUCAUCCAUUUAUAGUUAAACUGCACUACGCCUUUCAGACAGAAGGAAAGCUCUAUCUCAUCCUAGACUUUCUCAGAGGAGGGGACCUUUUCACCCGUCUGUCUAAGGAGGUUAUGUUUACAGAAGAGGAUGUGAAGUUUUACCUGGCAGAGUUGGCCUUAGCUCUGGACCAUCUACACAGUCUGGGGAUCAUCUACAGGGACCUCAAACCUGAAAAUAUUCUUUUGGAUGAAGAAGGUCACAUCAAGAUAACAGACUUUGGGUUGAGUAAGGAGGCCAUUGACCAUGAUAAAAGAGCAUAUUCCUUCUGUGGAACUAUCGAAUAUAUGGCUCCAGAGGUCGUGAACAGGAGAGGACACACGCAAAGUGCUGACUGGUGGUCAUUCGGAGUACUUAUGUUUGAGAUGUUGACAGGAUCGUUACCGUUCCAAGGAAAAGAUCGGAAAGAAACAAUGGCGCUUAUUUUAAAAGCUAAGCUGGGGAUGCCUCAGUUCCUCAGUCCUGAAGUGCAGAGCUUAUUAAGAGCGCUCUUCAAGAGGAACCCUGCUAAUCGACUUGGAGCCGGACCAGAUGGAGUGGAAGAGAUAAAGAGACAUCGCUUCUUCGCAUCCAUAGACUGGAAUAAGUUGUACAAGAAGGAAAUAAGGCCGCCUUUCAAACCCACAGUUGGACGACCUGAAGACACUUUCCAUUUUGAUCCUGAGUUCACCUCCAGAACGCCCACAGAUUCUCCUGGCAUCCCUCCCAGUGCAAACACACACCAGCUGUUUCGAGGUUUCAGUUUUGUUGCACAAAAUCAGCAUCCUGAGUCUAGUGUUGCUACGGUUGCAACUAAUCGUCAGGAGUUAAACAAUAUCAACCCCAUUGCACAGCAUCUCCGUGGUGAUUUGGCCUUCAACGAUGUUUAUGAACUCAAGGAGGAAGUGGGACAGACAGCGACCACCGUCUGCAGAAGAUGUCUGCACAGAAUUACAGCAGUGGAGUAUUCAGUGAAGAUUAUUGAGAGAGCAAGGAAAGAUCCAUCAGAAGAGAUCGAGAUUCUGUUGAGAUAUGGACAGCAUACUAAUAUCAUCACCAUAAAGGAUGUGUUUGACGAUGGCCAGUUAGUCUACCUGGUUCAGGAUUUACUGAGAGGAGACGAGCUGCUGGACAGGGCUCUGACUGUGCCAAACUUCACAGAGAGAGAUGCAUCAGACAUCAUCUGCACACUGACCAAGACUGUGGAGUAUUUACACUCACAGGGGGUUGUGCAUCGAGACCUGAAGCCGAGUAACAUUCGUUAUUCUGAUGACAGUGGACUCCCAGAAAGCAUCAGGAUAUGUGAUUUUGGUUUUGCCAAACAGCUCAGGGCAGAGAACGGUUUACUGAUGAUCCCCUGUUACACAGCUACGUUCAUGGCUCCUGAGGUCCUGAGGAAGCAGGGUUAUGAUGCAGCCUGUGACAUCUGGAGCCUGGGCAUCCUGCUCUACACAAUGAUAGCUGGUUUCAGUCCAUUUGCCAGCAGUCCUGAGGACACAGCAGAGGAAAUUCUGGCUAAAAUCGGCAGUGGGAAAUUCAUCAUCUCAGGAGGGAACUGGGACCUGGUAUCAGAUGCUGCCAAGGACAUCGUGGUCAAAAUGCUCCAUGUGGACCCUCACCAGCGCCUCACCGCCCCCCAGGUUCUUCGUCAUCCCUGGAUUGUGGAGAAAGACAAGCUCUCUGACACAGCUCUUACCCGACAAGAUGCUCUUACAGUUAAGGGGGCACUGUCUGCCACAUACUCAGCUCUGAAGCGCUGUUCUCCUGCUCCAGUCCUGGAGCCGGUUCAGUCAUCCAGCCUGGCUCAGCGCAGAGGGAUGAGGAAAGUGGGAAGUCCCAAAGUCGAAUUAGACACAAAAGAGAAGGAGCAGCCUCACGUAUCCAAAUAAAUCUCAAAAAUAUGAAACAGUCACAACAAAAUGUAAGACUUAAAAAAUCUUUUUGCACAAGCACAAAUCUUGUUUCAAAGUAACUGGUCGCACAUGUACAAUGUACAUGUAAAAAUAAUCUUACAUAAUGUGAUGAAUUGUAUCAAACAGUCACAAUUUCUGAGGAACUCGACCUUUAUGAGCCUGAUAUUAAAUAUUGUUAACCCUAAAUUUAAAGGGUUUAAUUUUAAUCUACAAAGGCCUUGAUCACUGGAUGUCCAUCAGUUUUCUGUGAGCGUUACAAACACUUCAUUGAAAAAAAAAAAAGACAAGAAAAAAAAGCUUAAUAUAAAUGAACCAUCUGGCUAUAUUUCAAGCCCACUCCCGAGAGGACAUUUAUCAUAGUUUCCGGAACUCAACUUCAAAUCAACAAGGACAUUUGGACUUGGAUGUUUAUAUUCAAGAAAAGCUGAAAAACUAUUCCAGUAGACCAAAUUUUAGCAGAUUUGAUCUUUAUUUGUAAGUCCAGCAGCUUGAAGUAGGAUUUAAGGUCCCAUAAUGUUACAAAAAGUAAGGUUUAAUGCCACAAACAAAAUUCUGAGCCUGGUAGGAUGACUUUCAUACAAAGCACAUAUAUUCACCAGAAAGUCAUAGAAUGUCAUAAAAUAGCACCGUCGUCCACCUUCAUUACUUUCAGCAUUUUAUACCAUCAGACAUAUGCUAAAAUGACGUGUAUGUAAAUGGGUCGCUGCUAUUUAGAUGAUGAUGCUUCCUCUCGUCAGCCUCUGAAUUUGACAGAGUUAUGUAUGUUCAAAUGUAAAUAUCCCACCAAAGGAACUUAAACCUAAUGUUAAUAAUGCCUUUUAAGUCUUACUGUUAAUAAUAUGGUUAAUGAUUUUGUUGUAUGUAUUGCUGUCUUCCAUUAAUACAGCCUUUGACUCUUACAAAGAUUAUUGUUAAAUGUGUUACUCAUAACUGUGAUCGCAGUGAAAUAUGUUAGACUAUUUCUUGUUUUUCCAUGACGUAUUCAAAAUGUUACUGGAUUCAGUUUACCAAUUUGUAUAAGGAGCUCAUUUUUUGUGUGUGCUUUGUCUAGUCGCUGCAGUUAAGCUCCUGUUUGUUGUACAUGUUCAAGAACCACUGUGAAGGAGUGUUGUACAUACAGUAUUGAUGCUGCCCUGGAUGUCUCUAAAAUGAUAUACAAUCACAGAUACGAGGUAAAACUGAACAUAGUGAUUUGUAGAUAAGAGUAGCACACUUGUGUUGUACAGUUUCCCAGUAGAAUUGUAGAUUAUGAUGCUCUACUAUUAAAACUCUCUGUAACCAGAUAGCACUGUAGAAGAGUUACAGUAAGCCUGUACAUGUUUUCCCGUAUCCCAUGUGAUGCAUUGCACAAGAGAAGCAGGGAUAGAUGCAUAUAACGUUGUAGAUAUUCUGUAGUAUAUGUUGGUAGUAGCGCUGUAAAUAUUGUUAAGUAAUUUAGAUUGUACAUACUGUCGUGCUGAACCACCAUUACAAAGAGAUUAGAUUGUUUAUAAAUGGUGUUGCACAACUUUAGGUAAGCAGUGAGACUGUACAUAUUGUGUUUGCAGAUGAUAUAUUGAGAUUGUACAUACUAUAUUGUGUUGUGUAUCCAUUGCUCAGAGUGUAAAUACUGUCUAUAACUGGCCAAUCAAUAAAGUUAUUGGCUAG